CCUUUAUACGGUAUAUGAGAGGAACUAAGUUACGGAAAACAGUAGUUAGAAAACAAAUAGAUCUGCUCCAUAGUCGUUUGUAACAGGGGAGACCAUGAACACCCAUGGCAGUGAGGUGAAAGUAUUUUGUCGCACUCGACCCACGGCUAACUUUGCCCAAGAUCUAAUUGAAUACCUUCCAGAUGGCCAGACCGUGAAUGUCCAUCUAAAGAAGGAGUCCCGGAAGGGGAUUGUGAAUAACCAACUGAACUCUUGGUCAUUCCGACUGGACAGAAUCCUGCAUGAUGUGUCCCAAGAGGAGGUCUAUAACAGUGUGGCCCAUCGUGUAGUACUUGGGGCUCUGGAUGGAUACAAUGGUACAGUGAUGUGUUUUGGGCAGACUGGGGCAGGAAAGACCUACACCAUGACAGGAGCUACAGAGAGCUACAAAGAGAGAGGGAUCAUUCCCCGUGCUCUACAGGAGGUGUUUCAGGAGGUGGAACAGCGGUCCGACCACACUAUAACAGUCCGCCUGUCCUUUCUGGAGAUCUACAAUGAGAUAUUGCUGGACCUGCUGUCCUCAGUAAAAGAAUCCCCAGCUGGGCCGCCUGCGGCCAUGGCGAUUGUGGAUGAGGGGGGUGCUGGUGUCAGUGUGAAAGGCCUAUCGCUGCACCUCGUCCACAAUGAAGAGGAGGCCCUCAACUUGCUCUUUGAGGGAGAGAUGAACCGGAUCAUCGGAGCACACUCUUUGAAUAGAAAUUCAUCCAGAUCUCAUUGCAUCUUCACUGUCCAUAUUGAGUCUCACUCAAGAACCCUAUCAGAUGCCAAGUAUGUCACCUCCAAGUUGAACCUGGUGGACUUGGCUGGGUCAGAAAGACUUGGAAAAACUGGAUCUGAGGGUCAGAUUCUCAUAGAGACUAUGUACAUCAACAAGUCCUUGUCCUUCCUGGAACAAGCCAUCCUAGCCUUGGCAGAUCGACGCCGGGACCAUGUGCCCUUCAGACAGAGCAAGCUAACCCAUGCCCUCAAAGAUACUCUAGGCGGAAACUGCAACACAGUGCUGGUGGCUAAUGUUUAUGGAGAGGCUGGUCAGAUAGAGGAGACGCUAUCUACUCUCCGCUUCGCCUGCAGGAUGAAGUGUGUGCGAACAGAGCCGGCUGUCAACGAGCAUGUUGACCCUGUGCUCCAGGUUAAGAAACUGCAGAAGGAGAUACAGUUACUGAAGCAGGAGCUAUCCGUCCAAGAUACUCUGGCCAACCGGACUGGGGUAUCCUAUGGUGCACUUACAGAGACACAGGUAGCACAGAUUCAGAGCCAGGUCCAGAGAUACCUUGAUGGCACCGUGGACGAGAUCAACGUAGUAAGCAUCAGGCAGGCCAAGGAGGUUUUUGUCCAGUUCAAGCUCGCUCUGCAGCAGCGGGAGGAGAAAAUCAAGGAGGACACGAUUCAGAACUAUAUCCUGGCAGAGAAAGCACAGAGCAUGCAGGCAGCUGCUAAUGCAAAGGGUCCCAACGGAAUAGUGGAUGUUGAUGGACCUAAUUUUGGAGUGGGCAUGGCCCCUUCAUUAGACAAGAACAGUAGACUACAAUCCCCCCACAGGGUCAAAACCAAAAAGGGAAAAGACUUAAACCGGAAGGACGGAACAGCGAGCCCUGCCCUGAUGAAGGAGGCAGAGACCUCGUCCACAUCCCGGAUGAACCCCCUGCUGGCGUCACAGAAGGACAUAGAUGGCCAGGAGGCUGAAAUGCAGAGUCAGGACCCCCAAGGCCCACAGGCGGGGGACAAAGAGCACGUCAGGACAGAUUCCCCUCCUCUGAAAGCCACAGCCUUCGAGGACUUCAAGGCGGAGCGUGGCAGCGAGAUAAACCGCAUCCUGAAGGAGAACAAGGCGGUGUUGGCAGAGCGACGGAGGCAUCUGAGGGAGCUAAGGGACGGGGUGAAUGCAGCCAAGCGCGAGAUCGACCGCACCAGUGCCGAGCUGCAGCAGCUGCGGGAGCAUAGCCAGCAGCAGGGGCGAUUGGUGAGUGCAGAUGGGGAGCCUGUGCUGGAGGAGGCAGAGCUGGCCUUGCUGCUGAGUCUGCAGAAGCUGAAGGGACAGUACCGUCAGCACUAUAAGGAGCUGUGCAGCACCAAGGCUGAGGUCAACUACUGCGAACACCUGGUGGACCAGUGCAGGACUCGUCUGCUCAGCGAGUUUGAGAGCUGGUAUAAUGAGUCGUUCCUGAUUCCUGAGGAGGCGCAGGUGAUGCUGAGAGCAGGGGAGCCCACCAUCCGACCAGGACUCAUCCCUAUGGCCAAGGCCUUGGCUCUGGAGGAGGAUGAUCAGGAGCAUUUUGAUCAUCUCCGCUCAAAGCUGCUGACCAGCCCUGGUGCAAUCUCCUACUUCAACGCCCAUGACAAGACCUUGCAAAAGAGAAUCUACAGCAAGACCACAACCCAGAAAGUGCAGCACAAGAGGACCUCAGGGGGAAGCGGGAAGACCAAGCUGCCUGCCAUCCUGUCUGUGACCUGAAAGUAGCGCUGUCGUAUACGAUCAGUAGGGGGAGGACUACUGUAUCCAAACAC